AAACUCAGCUGAUAACACACCUCGAUUGCUAGUUCAUGACGUUUAAAAUUUCGUCUCAUCAGUAACGCCACCUACAUAAUGAGGAGCCGUCAUGCUGCCGUACACUGGCCAUAACGGAUACAAAUACAUACAAUGGCACUGUACACAGUUGCAGUUGUGCUCUUGGGUAUCCUCCUUCCUGUAUCAGCCACAUCUGCAGAUGCAUGCGACAAGGACAUUCAACUUUCCUAUGAUGUGGAAAAAAUAUUAUCCCCAGCGUACCCUCUGUUGUUUGACACUAAUCUAUCCUGCGGAUGGAGGAUAAAUGCAUCGUCAACGGAUCGUCUUGUAGGCGUUAAAUUUGUUGCAAAAUUACAGUCUACUAACUGCCAACAUGACAGUCUGUCCUUCUAUGAUGGGUCAGAUAAUUCAAGCGGAUUACUGUUUCAAUCAUGUAACAAUGAAGUGCAUCGUGGCAGUAUCCUCAGCAGUGGAGAUACUAUGUACAUACAGUUUACCACCAAUGCUGUCUCUAAUGGAAUAGGAUUUGUUCUGAACGUCAUUGACGUUGAAAGAUGCGGUGGAAUGUUAACAGCAACAUCAAAGAAGGCAAAUCUUACCUCCCCUGGGUUUCCUUACACCUCAUUUCAUAAUUUGAAGUGCACGUGUAUAAUAACAGCAGAAAACGAAAACGACACAGUUCAAGUCAUAUCAGAUAUAGUAGUCUACUACUUUGGGGAUUCCUCGGCUUCGUGCAAGCAUGAAGUCGUUCGUGUUUAUGACGGAAACACAACGGAAGCCGACCAAUUUCUGGGUGAAUUCUGUUCAACCCAGAUGCCUAAUUUCUACAGUUCAACGAAUUCACUGUUGCUAGAGUUUACAACGGAUGAGAAUAUUACCAGCAAAGGUUUUCGGAUGCAAUAUUCUUCAAGACCAGAAGGCGACUGCAGUGGGACACAUACAAUAUAUAACACACCUAUAUAUAUCAUGUCACCUGGAUACCCCGAUUCAUAUGGCAGCGACAUGACAUGCGUUAUUAGCAUGUUCGUCAUGAUGCAACCACCAAACAUGAGACUUGACGUCCUGACUUCUGAUAUAGAGGGCAACUACCCACAAUGUGAUACUGACUAUGUCCGCCUUCUUGCAGGAGAUGGUUAUGGAGCUCUAUACCCUGUUGGCACGUUUUGUGGAGAUUCAUCAAUUUCCCCAGUUGGUCCCUACUAUUCAAACGGUUUCCAAAUGAAACUCCUAUUCAAAUCCAACAAUGUUACCCACGGGAAGGGAUUCCGACUCCGUGUGUCUCAUGAUUCACAGAAAGUGAUACCUCACCAAUCAGAAAAGUGUGGGCCACAAUAUCUGAAUGCAACGACAAAUCCAAAAUUCCUCCAUUCCCCUGGGUAUCCAGUGAUUUCUCUGUACCGUGACAAUUGUAUUUGGACAAUGUCGGCGUCUAACCCUAGCAUGUUGGUGCGCAUCGUCGUCAUUGACUUGGACGAUCCGACUUUUAAUUACGUCGACGUCCGUUGUCAGUAUAGCGUCGAAUUUUACAAUGGACCUUCUAUCUUUAACGACACGAUUUUCACCUGGUGCGGCGAUUCAAGACCUACUCUGCAGAGUACUGGAUCAUCUAUGACAGUUCAAUUUCAGACAAUUUACGCAAGCCGUCUGAAAGGCUUCAGACUCAUAUAUUUUUCAACUAAUGAGACAUAUAGAUGUGGAGGGACAGUCAAUAUUACGAAGGAUUGGAGCAGAACCUUGACAGGGCCGUAUCAAAAUUCCCAAGAUUGCCACUGGACUAUAUAUGCCCCUGCCAACACAAACAUCCAAGUCAAAGUGAGAAAUUUUAAUCCAUUUAUGAGGCCAAUGUCUCCACCAAAGACAUGCGACGCUGAUUAUGUGGAGAUUUACGAUGGCAAUUAUGACGAGACUGGUCCAUCAGCCGCCGGGAGAUGGUGUGGUCAAUACAGCACUGACUACAUCAGUUCCGGACAUAUCAUCACCGCAAGGUUCCACUCCGGCAUUAUUAACAAAUAUAGAGGAAUACAAAUCAUUCUCAAGGCGGGUGACUUUAGUGCUUCACGGACGACGGAUCUUUCAGCUUACUUUUCUGCACAAUAUAUUACAUCCCCUAAUUAUCCAUUUUAUUACCCAAGUAAUAUCGAGCCCUCGUGGAAGAUUGACGCGGGCAAAUACUAUCAGGUCAAGAUCAAAGUUAUCUUCUCGCAUCUGGAGAGUUCUGUUGGCUGUCAAAAUGACUACGUGGAAGCGUUUGAUGGCUCGGACUCCAAGGCUCCCUCACUUGGACGCUGGUGUGGAGGAACUGAACCAAACAAAACUAGUUCAGGCACUGUGAUGUUCCUGAAAUUCAAGUCGAAUUCCCGUGUAGUCGAUAGUGGGUUCUCUAUCAAGUACACGGCCCAGGACAAAGGAAUUGAUUCAACUGUCUCGGUUGUUGGGCUAAUUGCUGGAGUUUCUGUUGUGGGAGUACUUCUACUAUUAGGCAUAAUAGGCGCAAUCUGCAGGGGAUGUUUUGCCACCAAGAAAGAUGAUGCGAGCAGCAAAGUGAGCUCUGUUAAAGAGUUGAAUACAGAAUCUGUGUCAACCAAAUUAUGAGAAUACUUUGCUCGGGGAUUUUGUAAAAAUGAGUGAUUUGUUUUAGUCCAUUGUUUAUGAAAUUAUGAUAAUGUAUCCGUUGCAGUCCUUUAGUUUGUAAAACUAUUCUAAGCACGAACAGACAUCAAGUGCCAUAUUUCACGAUGUAAAUAUUUUGAUCUUAACUUCUAUCAGUACUUUAAUUUGAAAAUGAUUUGAUCUUACAAAGAUGAAAAUUAAAUCAAUCUGGCUUCAUUCAUGGUACUGAUGAGGCUAAAGGCCUAAAGUACAUGGCCUGGGGUGUGUUACAAGUUCAUACACUUUCUUGGUUUCACGACAUGAUAAAUGAACAUAGAUACAUGUUUAAUAAUGUUUACAAAUUCUACAAACUAUAUGUUCUCUUCCAUUAAUCCCUACAGCACUGUAUCUUUAUACUUUUAUAUGUUAUUAAUAUUUUGCUUACAUAAAGACUAAGAUCGUAA